AUGUCUUGCGCUAUUUAGUAAUCUCUGUUAAUGUUAGUUAUUAAAAAAUACAUUAAUUCAUUGUUUGUUCGUGUAAAUUAAAUAAAUGAUGCAGAAAUAUAGUUUACUCUUAGUUCUUCUUAACUAAUGCAAUUACUAAUUAACCUUAUUGUAAAGUGUUACCAAUAUAACACAUUACUAAUAAUAUAAUAUGAUGUAACAUAAUAACAUAAUAAACAAAGGUAAUGAGAGCAGAGUCAGAGUAUCAGAAGUAGUCAACUGAUUAUAUAAUAUAAAGCUAUAUUACAGCAUAUUUUAUUUUUCAGUACUGAAUUUUUCCUUUGUUCUAGCGACCUUCAAGUUGUACUUUAGGCCUCCUGGAGUUUCCAGCAUUGUUUCUAUUAAUUUGCCAGUAGGAAACAAUUCAACCAUGUCGAUGGUUCACUCUCUCUUUCAGGGAAGUAAACAGCAAUAGUCUGUGCUCUGUGCUUUCCCUCUGGCUGCUUUUUGCUCUGUGUUCUUCCUUGUUGCACCUGCUUGACUGACAGGGCAGAUAAGAUCUCAUUGUGGCUUACUUUUUUUUAGUUUGUACACAUGUACUUUUUACGUAUGCGUGGAAAACCCUGUCUCGGGUGUUUCCAUGUCCAACCCUUUAAAUACUAGAGAGCUGCUCUCCGUCUAGCACAUUUCUCAUCUGACUCUUGCUCUGAAGAUCUCAAACACGCUGACAGAGACGAUGACUCGAACCUCAGUUACAGCGAUGGUGCUGCUGGUUGCAGCUCUCAGCGUGCUCUGUGCAGACGCCUCAGCUUUGUCAUGUUGCAGAAAGUAUACCAAAGGACAGAUACCAAUGGCAAUCAUCAAAGGAUAUUCCAUUCAGACUAUGACAAGAAACUGUCACAUAGACGCUGUCAUAUUCCACACGAAAGGAGGCAGGAACGUUUGCACGGACCCCUCCAAAAUCUGGGUGAUGGAGAGCAUCCGUAAACUGAAGGAAAAAGUGCAAGUAAUCAGCAGAAAACAUUCAAAAGUCUAACUUUACAGCUUCUGCGACUAAACAGAUGUUACUACAUGGAGGAGGAUCUAUUUCUUUAUGGAAUUUGCAUAUUUACUUUGCAUAUUUGUAUAUGCAUGUUAUUUUUAUACUGCUACACUGCUUUUUUUAAUUAAAUGCAUUAAAAUAAUUUUCUAUGUACAGCGAAAAA